CCUGCUCUCACCCUAAUGACCAACAAAAGCCAUGUAAUUCUCCUCCUGCUGACACCGCCGCCUCGCGGAUUACCUCCAGCUGAGCAAGAUUUAGCAGUCUGGGGUGGGGAGGAACCAUGCCCCUGGGGAGUGAAGUGGAGGACUGCAGUCCAGAGCAGGAUUCUACUCAUCGUUGCCACCACAUUCCUCCGUUGGUGUCUUCAGCUACCACUCCUACCAGGCACGCAAGGGCUGGUAAGAGACUUCCAGAGGAGUUGGGGCAAAAAGCACUUAUCCCUAAAAUGGCGACUGGCCAGGUCACAAAAGGGAAGAUGUGGUGUGGCUGCCUAUCUCAAUAGGGGACUAUAUCUGGUGACACCAGAGAUCCUCGUCAGCCCUGCAGGUAGGAGCUCCCACGGCUACAGGCUGGAGCCAGAGAGCAAAAUGCUGGAGAAGAUUCAGAAGGCGCUCACGAUUCGUAGCGGCACCGUCAGGGAGCUGCUGGCAGAAGCACUGGGGAUGUUCAUCCUCAUGGUCUUUGGCUUGUCUUCUGUGGCACAAGUGGUAUUAGGAAGAGGAGACUUUGGGCAGCAUCUGAGCAUCAAUUUGGGAUUUGGCAUUGGUGUUACCUUGGGCAUCCAUGCAGCUGGAGGAAUCUCUGGAGCACAUCUGAAUGCUGCCAUCACCCUCACACACUGCAUUUUAGGAAACCUCCCCUGGAGAAAGCUCCCAGCUUAUCUCAUUGGACAGUUCCUGGGCUCCUUUACGGCAGCAGCCACCGUCUUUGCCCUCUACUAUGAUGCUCUGUAUGACUACACCAAGGGGAACUUUACAGUAACAGGACCAACUGCCACAGCGUCAAUCUUCUCCACUUACCCUGCUCCCUACGUAUCUUUGGUGGGGGGCUUCUUCACAGAGUUUACAGCAACAGUGAUGCUGCUCCUGGGCAUUUUGAUCAUCCACGAUGAGAAAAACAAUGCAGCCCUGAAAGGCACACAGGCCCUUCUCACGGGUAUCCUGGUCCUGGGCAUCGGCCUGGGGAUGGGGUUGAACACAGGCUACGCCAUAAACCCCUCCCGGGACCUGCCCCCCAGGGUCUUCACGGCAAUUGCUGGCUGGGGAAUGGACGUCUUCACGGCUGGACAUCACUGGUGGUGGGUUCCACUCACGGCUCCAACUCUGGGAAGCCUUGCUGGUGUUUUAAUCCACAAACUCUUCAUUGAUUUUCACAACCAGCCUGUCCUGGAAUGUGAAAAUGAGAAAGGACAGCCAGUGGUGGAGAGUUCUACACUGUGACAGUCACAUGCUCCAAGGUAAAGGCCUGACAGCAAAGCCUAGGUGGAUGUUUGGACUGACAGCCAAAGGGUAACCAAGUGGAGAAGGGCACACACAGUGGUGCUGCUGGAGCACACCCUUUCUCUACCCUGCAGGUGGAGAAAUGAGGGACUAGUCUUCAGUAAACCUACUCUGAUUAACCGGAUAAAAUGGGUCUCUGACACACUGGGUGUACCCGCAUAGGGCUAGACCUGUCUGUGACACAAAGAAAUUACUCAAUCUCCUUGUGUAAAAAUACACCAAAGGAAAAAAAAAAAAAUCACCACAUUCUGGAGAAAAGUAAAGCAGAGGUGCAAGACUCCAUGAAAAUCAAAAUACAGGAUCCAACAGUGGCAGAAACAAUUAAUUAAAGAAAUUUUGAUCUGGAAUAUUCUUUGGUAAGAGGUAGAUACUACACUGAUGGGACAUGGGGCCUAGGUUUCUUUAUACUUGCUGAUCUGCGACCCUAACAAACAUCUUAUUUGGCAGAGCACAGAGAAGAGAAGAGCAAGGGCAGUCUGAAAUAGAAAUUUCAAUAUUUUUUUUUUCCCCUUGAUUUGUUUAGUUUUGAUCCAAACAUUCAGGAAGCACCAAAAAAUUAGUAAACCAAACCACAAGGUCUCAUGAAUCCUUGAACAGCUCUGCUGGAACAUGUUGGCAUGAUGGAACCAUGUGUGUAACUGACAGGCUAGACUUCAACUACCACCAUAUGAAAGGAUUCAGAUUAAGUUCUGUGGCAGCAUCCCCAGAUGCUUAAACAACAAGAAUAUCCUCCUUUUCUCCACAAUAAAUGCACAAGAAAAGUGAAAAGAGGCUGCCCUGCUCCUGCAGGAAUUCUGCCAUCUUCAUCUGAAUAAGAAGUGGGCUUGCAAACAGCCUUACACGUUUGAGGUAUCACUGGAUUAAAAGUAAAACAGUAUCAGAAACAGCCUGUUCCCAAGGGGGUGACAACAGUCUUAAUUUUUAUUUAAACUGUUUAAGGAAAUAUGGUAUGUAUGUCAAGCAUGUGACUGCGGUCCCAGGGCUGGGUACCAUGAACACACAAUACAGGGAUCUCCACGAGUAGGAAGUGACAACAUCACUGCUAUACAGAAUUCUGGAAUAUGGCAUUUAUUGUCAUUAAUGGUCAUUCAUGUCUCACUACUAGAAGAAUUACUAACGUAUUACGGUGGCAUGGGGUGGGGUGGCAUGUACUGGCACCUCUGCUUCCUCAUUAGAGCUGAUCUAUAUAAGUAGAGCAGCUGCAGCAGAUCUUCACCCAGCACAAGACACACAUCAUCUUAUAAGGGCUGAAGAGCAUUAGAGGAUUUUCUCACAUUUUGGGGUAGCAGAGGGCAGCUGCCAGGCAAUGCAGCAGCUGCACCGGAGGGUGGGCCCUGGGCAGUGCUGGAAGCCAGCAAAGCGUGCCAGAGCUGCGGGGACUCUGAACAGUGAGUGCAGGAUGUGGAACAGCUGUCACACAGCCGACUCUUCUGGUCUUUUUGAACUACACUGGGAAGUUCACAGUACCUCAAGAUGGGAUUAACUAAAAGACACUGUAACCCAUCUCUUCUCAGUGAGAGAUACUCCACUGCAUUAAAAAAAACCCCCAAACAAUCCAGCCUGCACCCUGCUCUUAUUAUACAUCCUUGUGCAUGUGCUCCCAAAAGCAUCUUCAAAUACCCAAUCACCCUGGAGGAAAAUAUUACAAUUUUUAUUAAAAUACUAUUAAGCACUUACAGGGUGGCUUCAUCUUUCUGAAGGCCAUAUAAAUACUGGUGAAAGCCUCACAACAUCCUGUGAGGUAGGUUUGUCUUAUGUAAUUAUGUGUUUCAUAAUUAAAAGAUGAUGCUGUUU